AUGUUCUGUAUCUCUUCUCGGAAGCGUAGACCAAAUUGGUACCUGCACCCUUUUCCUACACGAAAGUGCACUGAGCUCGUCACAGACGUCUUCAAUCACGCGGAGCGCUUCUUUAACUUCCGGAAGCCCUCGAUUCCAGCAUUCCUCUGUCCCGACGAUAUCUUGAAGCUUGGUGAAGCCUGCGACUUUGACCCCAGCACUAUCGCUAGCACGAUCACCUCUCUGCUCUUCGACGAUGUCAAACUGGACGGUCUACUCUGUGCUGCCGAUUGUGGUUCACGGCGCAUCGUGCAGCGCGCUGCAGAGCUCUAUGACUCGUCAAACAUGGAGGUACGGCGUGAUCUAGUUUCAGAAAUUAAGAAAAUCGUCUGGUUCCGUCAAGAGACAAUCAAACAAAUGCAUGAACUAUGGGACAAUCGCGCUGCGUUGGUUUUCGAUACCUCGCACGACGCAGCGGACGACGGGCUCGAUGACUAUUGCCCCUUCGAUAUUGAUCUUGCUUCUCUCCCUCGUACACCCCGACCGGCCGACCGGGACCCGCCCUUGCCCACCAGCAUGUGUGAACCUGCUCAAAGGGAGAGUGCGGCUCUUACGUGGACGCUCAGGCUGCGUGUCGCGGAUCAAUAUUGGCGCUAUGUGCACGAUGUCAAACGCACGUUCGAGACAUCCUACGGGCAUAUUUGUGUCGCCGUGGAGACUCAUGAGCACUCGGAUGCUUUCUACGCCGGUAGGGCGUCUGCUCCCAAGCGCACCUUCAUUGACAGACUUUCCAUGCCCUUCGUGCAACGCAGACGCGUGAAGCAGAGGGACGAGCUCCACCGCAAGCUUUCGUCGACUAACAUACCCCACGUCGACUUCUUCAAGCUGGCGAUGGGGAUACUGCACCGAAAGAUGUCCUCGAUCGAGAACAAUGGCUCGGUGAUUGCCGAACAGACCUCGUCCCCGACCAUCACGACGGGCGACACCUCCGCAGAAUGCUUGACCGCUUCUAUAUCCAAUGGCUUGAAUGAGUCGCUGCUACUGGCUUGGAGAAAUCAUCGGCAGAAUCUCGCGAUGGCCGCAAUGGGUGUGUCGAAAAGCACUGCCAUUGUUCCUGAAGCCCCUUCGUCGCGCGCUUUCCCCUACAUGGCCGAUCCAAACCGCCAAGACCCUCUCGAGCCUCUCUCAAGCCUCACCGCCGUCGAAGAAGAGUACAAUGCCACAGUCGACGAUCACGUCCACGCAGUCGUACUCGCUGAAGUCCUAGGAUUGCUUGGCGACUACAUGACUGACAUAUGCGUUGCUUACGAGGAGAGCGAGAUGCUCCUAGCUGAAAGGUUGACUAGCCUCGACACCCGCCAUAUUGAACUAGGUGGAUCUCCCCUCGCCCUACCGACUUCUCCCUUCCCUGAAGACGCCCGAGCGCGAGUGCUCAGCAAAGCGUCCCUGAAGCGCGCCGCGCGCACCUUCUGCUUCCAGCUGCCAACCCUACAGACAUCGGCUGAGCUCGCGUUUUCUGCAUCGCCCAACGUGGCCAUGUCCACCGGCACUGACUCGAACACUGACUCUCGCCCGACUGAUGACUCUGCCCUGAUCCGCUUCGAAUUACCCAAUGCCACCAAGCUCCAGCUCCUCCUCUCCGCUGCGGACGAUAUCGUGCAUGGAACGCUUCGUCGAGCGUACAGGUUGUACGAUCGCUUGAACAAGGAGUCGAAGAGGCAGAUGUCUGCGUAUGUUAAUCGGCUGAUCAACGUCCGUCGGGCUCUCGAAGAUCGACUGAGGCAACUAGAGGGUCAACGCUCGGCUUCCACAUUGGCUGUGCCUAUGAGCGGCGAAUCAUCCUCAGCAACUCUAGGGGUUACAAUGGGCUCUGCGGAAGCCUUCAGCUCCUCCUCACUUCCUGAGGGUCACGGCAGGGCAGCUAGCCUCGAGCGCUUCAGCUCGAAUACCCCGGGCGAGGAGGGCGAGCGCCCUCCUUCUACGCCCGAUGCCUUUGAGUGGAUCCUCAAGCUCCGCCUUGCGGACGAAUACUGGCGCUUCGCGCAGGGGGUAAACGAAGCAUUGGAGGCAUUAUACACGCACGAGCUCGGGGUAUCUUCCAAGACUCACAAGCGUCGUGGUCAUGGUAAGAGCAAGUCUAAGCGCGCGAAGAGCGCCGUCAGCAAGGCCAUGAGUGGCAAGUCCACGAAGCAUUCUACUAGCAAGCCAAGCACGAAGCCCACGACGAGCAGCAAGCCCGCCAAACACACCACCAAGCGCUCCUUUAUUGGCAGGCUUUGUCUGCCGUUCUUUCCACGCAAGCGCCGGCAGGGGAGUCUGGCGCUCUAA